AUGUAAUAAUUAGACAAUUAAGAAAUAUUGAUGAAACUUAAGUCUUAAAAAUAAUUCUGGGAUAUAAAAAAGAAAGUUAAACAAGGAUUUAGUGAUUAACAGAAAAUUGGAAUCAAUGAUAUUCAAAAAUUUGCUCAAAGCUGUGAAAUUGAGGACUAAUUAAUUAAAUUGAUAUCUCACAUUCUCAAAAAAUCUAAGAAGAGAGAAACACUAAAAGAAGAUCAAAUUGAGUUUCUGAACACUUCCAAAAUCAAAUGGACAGAAUUAUUAUUUAAAAAUUUAGACAUAGUUCAUUAAAAAGCAAAGAAUUAAGAAGAGGAUGACACUAAUACUGAUUCAAAGUUAUACAUUUAUGAUGAAAAGAACCUAUUGGCAUUUUUAUAAACUUUUAAACAAUAAUAACCGAGUGUUCUAUACUAAAAUGUGCAAUUCUAAUCAAAUAAGCUAUUAAAUAUCAAUAUACCUUUAAAGUCAUCAUAAUAAAUAUUGGACAAAUAUUAGUAUAUAUUGCUUUAAGAAGAAUUACCAGAAGAGAAAAUUAAUAAGAUUCGGAAGUCAAUUGAAAAUGAGCAUCUAGAUAUUGAAUUAGAAAAAAUAGCUUAAACAUAUGUACCCAAUGGAGAGAGAUGUCUGCUAUACUUAAAAUAUUUUGAAUUUGAUCAUCAAGAAACUGUUUUAUAGUAAAACUUCGCAAAACUGUAAAAAGAAUGUUAAAAUUAAUUGUUCAUUGAUGAAUUACUAGAAAUAGAUGGACAUGAGAUCUCUGAAGAUACCUUCUAUUUUGUAUUUUAAGAGUAAAUCCUAACUUGUUUAAAAUGCUUCAUUAGAGACAAAUCAAUUAAAGAGAAUAUAAGGAUUCAAUUAUAAAACGGCAUGAAAAAGGAACAUGCAGAAUUUUAAUUGCCAGUCGCAGGUUUCUUUCCAUUCAAAAACAUUUCCAAAUACGUUGCACCUCUAUGUUACCUCUCUACAAAAAUACAUAUAAUUUAUGCUUUAUUUAAGGAAUUCUUUUGCCGAUACUUUUGCUUUUUGCAUGCUAUUUCUUCUGAAUAUAACUCAAUUUUGUCUCUUUGCAUGUAAAUUGAAGAAAUUGUAAGUACAAGAUCUCCUAAAUUAUUUCACCAUUUAAAGGUAAUUGGUUGUGAUACAUUAAAAUUGAUCAUACAUUAGUUAAUUUAUUGUUUCGUAGGAGACAUGGAUCCCCCACAUAUUUUAACUAUUUAUGAUCAAAUACUUGGGCAUGAUAGUCUGGAAAUUUUAGUUAUAUUGUGCGUUGGAUUUUUAAAUAAAUAUAAACCUAAAUUAUUGUUAGCCAAAAAUUACGAGAAUGUGUAAUAAAUUUUCUAAGAGUUAAGAGAGGAUAAAUUUUAAGAAUUGGUGCAAUUUGCAUAUAAAUAAUGAAUUCUAUAAACCUAAUCUAUUUUUAUGAUUUUAUUUUAUUGUUUAAAAAAA